UUGGCGUUUGAUUGUCCCUCUAGUAGGCUGUGAUUUUAAUUGUAAAAGUGACAGUUUGUUUGGCAUGUUUCAAAUAAUUCAAGUUAAUAAUUAGUGAGAUGCGAGUCUCUCGUUUAAAAUAUGUAAUUCUUGCCUACCACACCGUCCGCUGCGCGUGCCCAAUCGGCGACGAUGAAAAACACAAAACGAUCGGUAAACAAUCGAAAGGCGUGACUUUGACAACUGACAGCAUGGAAGUAGGACCCUUGACUUCGGAGCCAACUUGGCAGCAACUCCAAGAUUAUUACAACAAAAAUUCGUCAAAGUUGGUCAUCAAGGACCUCUUCGCGCAGGACCCGAACCGGUUUAGCAAUUUCAGCUUGAAACUGAAGACGCCCAACGAUGGAGACAUCCUCGUCGAUUAUUCGAAAAACCGCGUCAAUUCCGAGGUGCUCAAAUUGUUGUUUUCGUUGGCGCGGGCCCGCAAGGUCGAGGAAGCACGCGAUGCGAUGUUUUCCGGGCAGAAAAUUAACUUCACGGAGGACAGGGCCGUACUCCACACGGCUUUACGCAAUCGGUCCAAUAAGGAGAUUCUGGUUGAUGGGAAAAAUGUCAUGCCUGAGGUGAAUGCCGUGCUUGAGCACAUGAAGCAGUUCACGAAUUCGGUCCUCAGUGGGCAAUGGAAAGGCUACACUGGCAAGCCUAUCACCGACGUGGUGAACAUCGGCAUCGGGGGCUCCGACUUGGGCCCCCUGAUGGUGACCGAAGCCCUGAAGGGCUACGGCCGCGGUCUGCGAAUGCAUUUCGUGUCGAACAUCGACGGUACACAUUUAGCCGAAGUUUUGAAAAAAAUCGACGCCGAAUCGGUUCUCUUUAUCAUCGCUUCGAAAACAUUCACGACUCAAGAGACAAUAACCAAUGCGACUUCGGCUAAACAGUGGUUUUUAACCCAUGCUAAAGAUCCUGCUGCCGUUGCGAAACAUUUCGUCGCUUUGAGCACGAAUGGACCAAAAGUGAAGGAAUUUGGUAUUGAUACUGCCAAUAUGUUUGAGUUUUGGGAUUGGGUCGGGGGGAGGUACUCGUUGUGGUCCGCGAUUGGGCUUAGUAUUUCGCUGGCGAUUGGGUUUGAGAAUUUCCUCCAGUUACUGGAAGGGGCGCAUUAUAUGGACAAUCACUUCAGGUCGGCGCCCUUGGAGCAAAAUGCUCCCGUGAUUUUGGCCCUUUUGGGUGUGUGGUACCACAAUUUCUACGGCGCGGAAACGCACGCUCUCUUGCCCUAUGAUCAGUAUUUGCACCGUUUUGCCGCUUAUUUCCAACAGGGGGACAUGGAGAGCAAUGGCAAAUAUGUGACUCGUAGUGGCCGAACGGUGAACUACAGUACAGGCCCCAUCGUGUGGGGCGAACCGGGGACCAAUGGCCAGCACGCCUUCUACCAGUUAAUUCAUCAAGGGACGAGAGUUAUCCCCGCCGAUUUCAUAGCUCCGGUCCAAACGCUCAACCCCAUCAAUAAUGGACUGCAUCAUAAAAUAUUGCUGGCGAAUUUCUUGGCCCAAACGGAGGCACUCAUGAUGGGGAAGACGGGGGAGCAAGCGCGAGCCGAGUUGCAGAAACAGGGGCUGCAGGGGGCGGCGCUUGAGAAGAUACUCCCGCAUAAGAUUUUCGAAGGGAAUAGGCCGACUAAUAGUAUCAUGGUGAAAAAAAUCACACCGUUUACUCUAGGAGCGCUCAUUGCUAUGUAUGAGCACAAAAUCUUCACUCAGGGAAUCAUCUGGAAUAUUAAUUCCUUCGACCAAUGGGGGGUGGAGUUGGGGAAACAGUUGGCUAAGGCGAUCGAGCCCGAGUUGCAAGACAAUAAAGCGGUGUCGUCGCAUGAUUCCUCCACCAAUGGACUCAUUAACUUCAUCAAAGCCAAUCAUUAAGGGGAGUCUUAUGAUGUAUCAUGUCUCUAUGUUAGGUGUUAGGGAAAUUAAUAUAUUGUAUGUUUUUAUUAAUAAAUGAGAGAUUAGACAA